UGGCGGCGGCGGCGGCGGCGGCGGCGUUGUCGGGCACCGGGCGAGGGGCUCCGAGCGACGCGUCUCGCUGCCUCCGCCCAGCCGGGUCCGCGCAGCAUGGUUGAGUAUGUUGUGGAGUAUGACUACGAUGCAGUGCAUGAUGACGAGCUGACUAUUCGAGUUGGUGAAAUCAUAAGGAAUGUGGCAAAACUAGAAGAAGAAGGAUGGCUGCAAGGAGAGCUCAGUGGGCGAAGAGGCAUGUUUCCUGACAACUUUGUUAAGGAAGUUAAGAAAGAGACGGACUCUCAGGACGAUGAUUUGCCAGUCAAGAAGGAAAGGCAUGGGAAUGUUGCCAACCUUGUUCAGCGCAUGAGCACUUACGGGCUUCCAGCAGGAGGAUUCCUGCCCCCUUCCCAGUCUAAAAGCUUCAAGAGGAAAUCGAAAAAGCGGCAAUGCAAAGUUCUUUUUGAGUAUAUUCCUCAGAAUGAAGAUGAGUUGGAGCUCAAGCUUGGAGAUAUUAUAGACGUUAAUGAAGAGGUCGAAGAAGGUUGGUGGAGCGGAACACUAAAUGGCAAAUUAGGACUAUUUCCUUCGAAUUUUGUAAAAGAGCUGGAGGUCAUAGAUGACGGAGAAACCCAUGAAGACCCGGAUGAUGCAGAGCCUGUUUUUCCUGACCCGCUCUCACCUGUAACCCCACCAGGGAAUAUUACUGAGUCUGGGCCUGCACUGAUAGCACAGCCAAAGAAAAUCCGAGGAGUUGGGUUUGGAGAUAUUUUUAAAGAAGGUUCUGUGAAGCUUAAGACAAGAUCACCCAGUAAUGAUUCAGAAGAGAAGAAGCAAGAUAAGCCAUUAUUUACUCAUCCAUCUGGACCAAAAGUAACCCAAUUUCCUGGUGCAACGAAAACAGAAAUUGCAACUGAGGUAGCAAAAACAGAAACAGAAAGCAAACAGAAAGCUAAGGAAUAUUGCAAGACUUCGUUUGCCUAUGAAGGUACUAAUGAGGAUGAACUUAGUUUUAAAGAAGGUGAUAUUAUUCAAAUAAUAAGCAAGGAUACUGGAGAGGCUGGGUGGUGGAAAGGCGAGCUUGGUGGUAAAGAAGGAGUUUUUCCAGACAACUUUGCAGUUCAGAUUUAUGAAUCGGAUAAAGAUUUUCCUAAGCCAAAGAAGCCAUCACCUCCUGCAAAAGGUCCAGGUUUAAAGCCAGAGUUUCUGAUGGCAGAGAAGAAGUUUCCUCUUCCCAAGAAUGAAGAAAAAGAUGAAAAAUCAUGUUUGGAUCAGAAAAUAUCUAAACCAGCAGCUCCUCAAGUACCACCCAAAAAGCCUAUCCCACCAAACAAGGCAAAUAAUGUGCUGAGAUCUGGGAUUUCGCAUUUAAAAUGGCCAGAUAAACCAGUUGUGCAACCACCAGUAUCUAAGACAAAUGGGGAAGUUGUUUCCUGGCGACCAAAAUCUGAAAUUGAACCAGCAACAAAACCAAAGUUAGAUUCUGAACAGUUACCACUGAGACCAAAAUCAGUAGAGGUAGAUUCAGUUGCAAUAAAGAACUUAAAAGAAGCAGAAAUUUCAAGUUUUGAUCAUAUAAUAGCUACCUCAGAUAAUUUAUCACAUCCCACUGCAAAUAGGCCAAAGAUGCCUGGCAGGAGGCUUCCCACUCGCUUCAAUGGCAGUAAUUCUACUACUCAGAAUUUAAGCAUGGAGAAAAGUGGGAAGGAGCAUAAAGAGGAGGAAGAAAGUGCCAAAGUAAAGCCACCUGAAUUUAAAAAGCCAUCUCUAUUUGCUCCACCACUUCUGUCUUCAUCACCAAGACCAAAUUCUUUUGUACUCAGCGCUGUUACCGGGGAAAUGAAACUUAAACAGGAAACAGACGAAAGGGAGAAGCCUUCUCUGGAAGACCUCAGGUCACAGGUUUUUGACCUGCUAGCUGUCGUAGAAACACUAAAGAAAGAACAUGGGAAGGAACUGGAAAAACUGAAAAGGGAGUUGGAGAAAGAGAAGCAGAUGCGAAGUAACCUAGAGGUGGAAAUAGAGAAGCUCAAGAAAGCUGUCAUAACGACAUGAAAGAGCCAUAGACCUUGCCAGGAUUUUGGAGUCAAAAUACAAAUGAAGCUAACUUGACUUUUCUUUUUUUACUUCAAACCAAUGAAUGGGCAGCAUUCCAU